AUGCCUGUCGCUGUCGCUACCCCCGUUGAACCCGCCACAUCGUCGUUCAAGAAGUUGUUCACUGAACGAACCACACCUCCUCCUGAACUUCCACCUUUCGUCUAUGCCGACCGAUUUGAUAAACCUGUUUUUGGUGAUUGGCGAGAUGAGUUGGUCACCAAAGGUUAUGCUGUCGUGAAGGCCGUCCCAACCGAGAAAGCUCUCGAAUACCGUGAACGUAUGUUCCAAUGGAUGGAGUCCUUUCCCCUCGGAUUUGACCGAGCCGAUCCUUUAACCUGGAAAAAUGAGCAUUUACCCGUGCACAUGAAAGGAGGCAUGUUCCACGGUUACGGUUUCUGUCACGAGCAAGUAUUGUGGGAUUUGCGAUGUGAAGAUGGAGUAAUCGAUGCCUUCGCCAAGGUUUGGGGCACAGACGAAUUGAUCACUUCAUUCGAUGGUGGAUCUAUCAUGCUUCCCAAACGUACCGACGUCCCUGAUGGCGGCAAGUGGGAACACAUGGAUCAAUCACACUACCGAAAAGGGUUCUACUGCUGCCAAGGAUUGGUCAAUCUAAAUUACAACGGACCUGAGGAUGGCGGUCUUAUGGUGUUGGAAGGAAGCAGCAAACUUGUGGAGGAACAUUUCGAUGUUCAUGGAAGACAUUCGUACAAGUCAUGGGGUCCCUUCGACUGGCAUGGAUUUACCGAUGAAGAGCAACAAUGGUUCUAUGAUCGAGGUUGCAAAUGGGUGAAAGUUUGUGCCGAACCUGGAGAUCUCAUUCUCUGGGAUUCUCGAACUAUGCACUACAAUGUACGACCUAGCGGAGAGCGAGAUCGUGUCUGUUCUUAUAUCUGUAUGGCACCAGCGCACCUCUUAUCUGAUGAUGAUCGAAAACUGCGUGUACAUUGCUUUGAAGCUUGUAAAGGAACCACCCAUGUCCCAUUCGCUGCCAUCUUUGCUCGUGAAUUCGACCCUGUCAAACGAUCAGAUGGCAACCCCUGUCCCCAUGAUACCGGACGUCCCAAGAAUCCACCUACAGUGAAUGACAGAGUCGAGAAGCUCGUUGGUAUCAAGCCUUACUAG